AUCAUUUCAUUUCAUAUAAGUCAUUGAUAAAUUCGUUGCCACUGUACAAUUUUACCAGUUUUCUGUGUUGUAAUUUUUGAUUCUGAAUUACAAUAUUCUGUGUUACAACAAAAGGGUAUUCUUAUUCCCCAGUAUAUGAUUCUGAUCAAUUAAUUACAACUACCUUUGUGGGAAUCUUAUCAUAUAUACUAACCUAGCUAGUACAUCACUUUUGUUUUGUGAAAUUGUGUGGAAUGGAAACUUUAUUUUCUACUUCUUCUUUAUCAAAUUCAAGUUGGAUGAACAAGAAUAAGAGAGAAUGGACUAAAGAAGAGAACAAGCAAUUUGAAAGUGCUAUUGCAAUCUAUGAUGAGAAAACUCCUGAUCGAUGGUUUAAAGUGGCUGCCCUCAUCCCUGGAAAGUCAGUUAUUGAUGUAAUCAAUCAAUAUAAAGAACUCGUUUCAGAUGUUUAUGAUAUUGAAGCUGGAUUGGUACCAAAUCCUGGCUAUUUCGCCUCUUCGAUUACGUUGGAAUUGGUUGAUCAUUGUGGAUUACAAACAUUCAGAAAAAGAGGGAGUAAAUCAUCUGAUCAAGAAAGAAAAAAAGGUGUACCAUGGACUGAAGAAGAACACAGGAGAUUUCUGAUGGGACUUGAGAAGUAUGGAAAAGGGGAUUGGAGGAACAUAUCGAAGAAAAUGGUAAUUUCUAGAACUCCAACUCAAGUAGCUAGUCAUGCUCAGAAAUACUAUCAGAGACAGAUUUCAGGGGGCAAAGAUAAGAGGAGGCCUAGUAUUCAUGACAUUACCACUGUCCAUAUCACAGCGGACUCUGCGUCCCCAAAUAACCUACUAUAUAACAUCAAUUCCUUUUCUAAAGAAAAAAAAUUAUAUGCAACACACAACUCCUCUUUCCAGAAAACCACAACGCCAGACAUAGUCAACUGUUGGAAUGCUAACUUAUCAAAUGAUCAUGAAGAUGUGAUGGAUUUUGGAUCAUCAUUUGUCGCCUAUCCGUAUGAGAUUGCUUCACAGUCUUGGGAUGAACAUGGAAUUGACGACAUUACUAUGAAUGCUGAUUCACAACUCCAGUUCCAAUCAACAAGAUAUCAGAUAUGGGGUUGAAAAAUGUACUCACUCUGUUUUAAUUUGUAAUCUUGGUUAUUAAAUUAUUAAUUAAUGUAACUCAAGUUUAGUUGGUCUAAUUUGUAUCUCACUCUUUCAGACUUCAAAUGAAAAUAUUCUGAUCAAGUAA